GCAAUCAUUGACCAAAGUUACUUUAAGCUCGUUUACAGGCACAGAACAUACAACAAACUUUCUUUCUUCGUUUCAGUUCUGUAGGCUGUAUCAGAAUGGGUGAUAAUUUAUCACUGUUUGACAGGUUUUGAAACUUAACAUUACUAAACAUUAGACAUUUAGACGGUUCAAAAGCAACAUUCAUAUAAAACAGAAUAUUCCUUUAAUGUUUCUCUAACAUAAUCGAGGAAAAAAAAUAAGUUUUAAACAUUCAAUGGAAACGUUAUACGCAGGAAACGCAGAAUAAACAUUAUUUAUACAUCUCCGUUUCACGUUUGUCUAAGGUUUAUUUUAAACUGCUCAGUCUACUGGUUUCAGAUGGUUCAGAGAAAUUCAAAAGUAACAUUUGUUUGCAAAGUUCUAAAAUGGAACUCUCUCUUAAUGUUUGGAACUUUCAGAAUACAUUCAGAAGUAACAGUUGUAGACUAAUGGGAACGAUGGCAACGCGUUCUGAGGAGAUCUGUCUGUUAUCUGAGAUGUCCUCGCGCUGAAAUCGUCCCUCUGGACGGACACACAGACAGACAGACAGACAGGUGAGGUGACGCACAGCACGUCAGACCUCACGGGGCUCUGAUGGGGAAGUGGAGGCGUCUCCAUCAUCGAGGAUCUCGGACAUGACAUGUCUAAUCUCUCUCCAGUCGCUGAGUAGACUCGGGUGAGAUGGGCGAGAACUACUGCAUCCGGCUGAACGUGUUCGGAGAUGAAUGUCUGCGGUGCUGGAGGAGCAUCGGGGCCGGCAGGUUCGGGGAUGUGUACCGGGCGAAGCACUCGACUCUGGGGAUGGACGUGGCCAUCAAGUUUUUACAUUAUAAAGACGGCAGAUCCUCCAUUCAGAGAGAAGCUCAGCUGAUGUUCCAGGGCGGGAAUCCUAACGUGAUCAGGAUCUUGGGUCUGUACGAGGGCCGUGUGGACGGCGAGCGGCUGCAGUCGGGGCUGGUGAUGGAGUUCAUGCCCAAGGGUUCGGUGGCUGACCUGCUGCAGACGCUGACCGGGCCGCCGCCGUGGCCUUUGACCUUCCGGAUGGCCCACGAGAUCAGCCUGGGCAUGAACUUCCUCCAUCAUCUGUCUCCUCCGCUCCUGCAUCUGGACCUGAAGCCCAGCAACGUGCUGCUGGACGACAGCCUCCGAGCCAAGCUCACAGAUUUCGGUCUGUCCCGAGUGGCUCAAAGCGUUUCUCGAUGCUCCGGACAGAAAGACGAGGACGAGGGAGGAAUGCUGAGCUACAUGCCUCCUGAAGCGCUGCAGUCCGUCAACUACAAAGCCAACAAAGCCUCCGACGUCUACAGUUAUGGUGUGCUGUUGUGGUCCAUGGUCACCGGGAGAGAGCCCUACAGCGGCGCUCUGUCCAGUCUGGUGUGCUUCCGGAUCCCUCAGGGGGACAGACCUGACCUGACCUCCAUAGACCGCUGCGAGACCGAAGGUCUGGAUGAGAUGGUGCAGCUCAUGACUGAAUGCUGGCAUCAGGACCCCGACAGGAGACCGUCGUUCCUCUGUUGUGUUAAUGAGACCGAGAAGAUCUUUCAGAUGCACAGACAUGGACUCAACGAUGCCGUCUAUGAUGUUCUGAAGCAGCUGGAUGAUGAUGAUGAUGAUUAUGAUGUCUGUUCCAGUUUGAAAUCAAUCCAGAUCAGCCACAAUCCACUCAAUGAAGCUGGUUCUCAGGGUUUGUCCUGCAUCACCGGAAUGCCUCCUAAACAGGAAACGGCUGUGAGUUACGCGAAACCCAUAAAGAAAGAAUCAUUUCCUGGUCCUGCUCCACCAGCGACGUCUGUCAGAACAACACAGCGGCAAACUUCCACACCAGAUAGGUCCUUUAAAGUAUCUUGGAGAGGUGAGGUGUCCAAGUCACAACAUCUAACUACUGGGGUGCCUCAGGGCUCAGUUCUAGGACCACUUCUCUUCUCUGUCUACAUGUCAUCAUUAGGUUCUGUCAUUCAGAAACAUGGCAUUUCAUACCACUGCUAUGCUGAUGACACUCAGCUCUACCUCUCAUUCCAUCCUGAUGAUCCGACGGUAGCUAUUCACAUCUCAGUUUUUCUAACAGACAUUUCUUCCUGGAUGAUGGACCAUCACGUUCAACUCAACCUUGCCAAGACAGAACUGCUUCUGGUUCCAGAAAACCCAUCGUUUCAUCACAAUUUCAUCAUCAAGUUAGGCACAUCAACCAUAACUCCUUCAAAAACAGCCAGAAACUCGUUCAAGCUCUUGUUCUGUCCAGGCUGGACUAUUGCAAUGCCCUCUUGGCAGGUCUUCCAGCCAAUUCUAUCAAACCUUUACAAUUAAUUCAGAACGCGGCAGCAAGAUUAAUUUUUAAUGAGCCAAAAAGAAUACACGUCACACCUCUGUUUAUCAAUUUGCACUGGCUUCCAAUAGCUGCUCG